GUUCUUCCCUGUGUAGUGUUGUGCAAAAAUGACUGACAACGUGCCCGUCGCCGAGCUAGAAAAACUGGAUUUAAACCAGCAAAAGGCAUGAAAUAGUAAUCUUUCUAAGCGAAUUUCACUAAACGAACUGUUGUGCUAGAGAAUGCGCCUGGGGGCGUUGGUGGCCGGGCUCAAUCGGACCAUUAAUUUCCGUUUCAAUCCGUGCGGUAGUGGUAGUAGCUUGCUCGUAGUGCAACAAUACCAACAGCAACAACAACACCAGCCGCCACCGCUGCAGCAGCGUCGGCUUCCGACUGUCGAGCCGUCGUUGCGGUGCCAAUUUGCGACACUGGCAAGCAAGAUGAAGAAAGAGAAGCAGAGAAAUCAACAGGAAAAGGGAAGUGGCGCUUCGUCUGCACCGGCAGCAGAGAAGCCCGCUCCGGAAUUCAUUGAUCAUCGUAUCAAGAUCUACGACGAACUGAAGGCGCAGUAUUUGGAAGAGUUGGCCAAGAAGCCGAAGAACCCGAUCAAGGUUACGCUUCCGGAUGGGAAGGAAGUGGACGCCACCAGCUGGGAAUCGACCCCGUAUGAUGUGGCUAAGGGUAUUAGCCAGGGGCUGGCGGACAAUACCGUCAUCGCUCGCGUUAACAAUGAAUUGUGGGAUUUGGAUCGUCCCCUGGAGGGCGACUGCAAGCUGCAGCUGCUGAAGUUUGACGACCCGGACGCACAGGCUGUGUUCUGGCACAGCUCGGCGCAUAUUCUUGGCGAAGCGAUGGAAAAGCGCUACGGCGGUCAUCUUUGCUACGGUCCACCAAUCGAGAAUGGCUUCUAUUAUGAUAUGUUCUUGGAAGGAAGUGGAAUUUCCAACCAGGACUACGGUGUGCUGGAGAGCGAGGUAAAGAAAAUCGUAAAGGACAAGCAGCCCUUCGAACGGCUGGAAAUGAAGAAAGCCGAUCUGCUGAAAAUGUUCGAGUACAAUGAAUUCAAGUGCCGCAUUUUGAACGAGAAGGUUACAACCGAUACCACAACCGUCUAUCGAUGUGGUCCGCUGAUCGAUUUGUGUCGCGGGCCGCACGUCCGGCAUACUGGCAAGGUGAAGGCCCUGAAGGUUGUGAAGAACUCUUCUACCUACUGGGAGGGUAAGGCCGAUGCCGAAACUUUGCAACGAGUUUACGGUAUCUCCUUCCCCGAUCCCAAACAAUUGAAAGAGUGGGAGAAGAUCCAGGAAGAGGCUGCCAAACGUGAUCACCGAAAGCUGGGCAAGGAACAGGAAUUGUUCUUCUUCCACGAAUUGUCCCCUGGUUCGUGUUUCUUCCAGCCUAAGGGAGCCCAUAUUUAUAAUACGCUGAUGAACUUCAUUCGCUCGGAGUAUCGGAAACGCGGUUUCCAAGAGGUCAUCUCUCCAAAUAUCUACAAUGCCAAACUGUGGCAAACCUCUGGCCAUUGGCAGCAUUACGCGGAAAACAUGUUCUCCUUCGAAAGCGAAAAGGAAACCUUCGCGCUGAAGCCCAUGAACUGUCCGGGACAUUGUUUGAUAUUCGACCAUCGUAACCGUUCGUGGCGUGAGUUGCCUCUUCGGAUGGCCGAUUUCGGUGUGCUGCAUCGUAACGAACUGUCUGGAGCGUUAACCGGUUUGACCCGUGUACGUCGAUUCCAGCAAGAUGAUGCCCACAUCUUCUGUAUGCCGGAACAAAUCAAACAGGAGAUCACUGGAUGUCUGGACUUCUUGGCUCACGUCUACGGAGUAUUCGGAUUUACCUUCAAUCUGGUUCUAUCCACCCGUCCGGAGAAGUAUCUCGGUGAUAUCGAAGUAUGGAACGAAGCCGAAAAGGCGCUUGCCGAAUCUCUGAACAAAUUCGGUCAACCUUGGAAAGAGAACCCAGGCGAUGGCGCUUUCUACGGUCCCAAGAUCGACAUCACGAUCAUGGAUGCCUUGAAGCGCAAUCACCAGUGCGCCACUAUUCAGCUGGAUUUCCAACUGCCUAUCCGUUUCAACCUGAACUACAUCGACGACAACGGAGAGAAGAAGCGACCGGUCAUCAUUCACCGGGCUGUACUGGGUUCGGUUGAACGCAUGAUCGCGAUCUUGAUCGAAAGUUACGCAGGAAAGUGGCCUUUCUGGUUGUCGCCCAGACAGGUGAUGGUCGUUCCCGUUGGACCGGCGUACGAUGAAUACGCCGACAAGGUUCGCCAACGCUUGCACGAAGCUGGGUUCAUGGCUGAGGCCGAUUUGGAUGCCGGCGAUACCAUGAAUAAGAAGAUCCGUAACGCACAGUUGGCGCAGUUUAACUUCAUCCUCGUUGUCGGCGAGAAGGAACGUAGCUCGGAGACGGUCAACGUGCGUACCCGUGACAACAAAGUCCACGGAGAGGUGUCGGUCGCUGAUUUGGUGGCAAAACUGCGCAGGCUAGCGGAUGAGUUUGCCCGAGGUGAAGAUCAGUUCUAGGACAUCGGUACAAACUAAUUGAUCUGUGCGAGAACAGGCGCUAACUUGUCUGAUUGCAUUUAUGCGUCCGAUGAAUUUGGUAAAAUGAUUAAAGCUCUUGAAAAAACUAUCCAAUAAUUCAUAAUUAAAUAUAAUUUCACAGUUGCUUGCAGCAAGUUACGUUUUCCUCUAAAAUAAAGCAUACAGGAAUAAA